UCCACCCAGGUCGCAGGCAGCGCGGUCGGCAACCGCUGUUUCCCGCCAUUGUGCGAAGUGAAGGCUGGGGCCCGAGCGCCGCGCCUGCCUGCCGCCAGCAGUUCUUCAACGCCUGUCCCCGCAGCUGCCGCUCGGGGAGACGCGAGGAGGCCGGUGGCCUGCGUCUGCCGUGCGUGGGAGGAGGUGGACAGGGAGCGGCCGCGCUUGUGAGGAGGAAGCUGGGCACCGGCCGCCCGACCGCGGCUCCGGCCCCUUGGCGACAUGCCCUGCGGAGAGGACUGGCUCAGCCACCCGCUCGGGAUCGUGCAGGGCUUCUUCGCCCAAAAUGGACUUAAUCCUGACUGGGAGAAGAAAGUUAUUGAAUACUUCAAGGAAAAGCUGAAGGAAAAUAAUGCUCCUAAAUGGGUACCAUCAUUGAAUGAAGUUCCACUUCAUUAUUUGAAACCUAACAGUUUUGUGAAAUUUCGUUGCAUGAUUCAGGAUAUGUUUGACCCCGAAUUUUACAUGGGAGUUUAUGAAACAGUUAACCAAAACACAAAAACACGUGUUCUUCAUUUUGGAAAAUACAGAGAUAUAGCAGAGUGUGGGCCUCAGCAAGAACUUGAUUUGAACUCUCCGCGAUCUACCACUUUGGAAAGACAGACUUUCUACUGUGUUCCAGUGCCUGGAGAGUCUACAUGGGUAAAAGAAGCCUAUGUCAAUGCAAAUCAAGCCCGAGUCAGUCCUUCCACGUCCUAUACUCCCAGUCGUCACAAGAGGAGUUAUGAAGAUGAUGAAGAUAUGGAUCUCCAGCCCAAUAAACAGAAAGACCAGCACCCAGGUGCCAGGCAAGCAGGGAGUGUCAGUGGCCUUCAGUGGUGUGGAGAGCCAAAACGUUUGGAAACGGAAGCUUCCACUGGGCAACAGUUGAACUCCUUAAACCUCUCUUCUCCUUUUGACCUGAACUUUCCACUUCCAGGAGAGAAGGGCCCUGCUUGCCUUGUGAAGGUAUAUGAAGAUUGGGAUUGCUUCAAAGUAAAUGAUGUUCUUGAGUUAUAUGGUGUGCUAUCUGUGGAUCCUGUGCUGAGUAUACUGAAUAAUGAUGAAAGGGAUGCCUCUGCAUUGCUGGAUCCCAUGGAGUGCACAGACACAGCCGAGGAACAGAGGGUACAUAGUCCUCCUGCUUCGUUAGUGCCAAGGAUUCAUGUGAUUUUAGCCCAGAAGCUGCAGCACAUCAACCCACUGCUACCUGCUUGCCUUAACAAAGAGGAGAGCAGAACCUGUAAGUUUGUAUCGAGUUUCAUGUCCGAGUUGUCUCCAGUCAGAGCAGAACUGCUUGGGUUCCUCACUCAUGCCCUUUUGGGAGACAGUCUGGCUGCAGAGUACCUUAUACUACAUCUCAUCUCUACCGUAUAUACAAGAAGAGAUGUCCUUCCACUAGGAAAAUUUACAGUUAACUUGAGUGGUUGCCCACGGAAUAGUACCUUCACAGAACACUUAUAUCGAAUUAUUCAACAUCUUGUUCCAGCAUCUUUUCGUCUGCAGAUGACGAUCGAGAACAUGAACCAUCUGAAAUUCAUUCCCCACAAAGACUACGCGGCCAAUCGCUUGGUCAGUGGGCUCCUCCAGCUGCCCGACAACACUUCCCUUGUCAUCGACGAGACUCUCCUGGAGCAGGGACAACUGGACACCCCAGGUGUUCACAAUGUCACUGCCCUGAGCAACCUGAUAACUUGGCAGAAGGUGGACUAUGACUUCAGUUACCACCAGAUGGAAUUCCCUUGCAACAUCAACGUUCUCAUCACCUCGGAAGGGAGGUCCCUCCUCCCGGCAGACUGCCAGGUCCACCUGCAGCCCCAGCUCAUCCCACCCAACAUGGAGGAGCACAUGAGCAGCCUCCUGACCGCUGUGCUGCCGUCCGUGCUGAACAAGUUCCGUGUCUACCUGACCCUGCUCCGCUUCCUGGACUACAGCAUAUCAGACGAGGUCACCAAGGCAGUUGAAGAUGACUUUGUGGAGAUGCGGAAGAACGACCCUCAGAGUAUCACCGCUGAUGAUCUCCACCAGUUGCUCGUGGUUGCUCGGUUUCUGUCUCUCAGUGCUGGUCAGACAACACUGUCAAGAGAACGAUGGCUGAGAGCAAAGCAGCUGGAGUCUUCAAGAAGAAACCGGCUUCAGCAGCAAAAAUGUGUGAAUGGGAAUGAACUUUAAAGUGUGGGACCCAGGAUGAGUAAGGGGCAAACCAGCCACAUUAUCAUAGAACUCUAACGUCAUUUAUACCACGUUGUUUUAUAGAGAAUUUGUAUCAAAACCAAUGACUUUUCCUGAAAUCAAGCCUGGUAGCAACUGAUGUUUAUACAAUACUCAGUUCAGUAAGGGCUUUUACCUUGCUGAUUUUAUGGAGCUUUUGGAGUUUGUUUUAUAAUUAUAUAAAUUAGUAAUGCUGUACAAAAGUGUAUUUGAUAUUAAAGGUUUAAUAUUGAUAAAGUUGAUGAUUAUACCAUUUCCUUAACUGCAGCUAAGUCAUAGGCAGACUCUGUUGAAAUGCUAACAUUAACUUCAUUUGAAGAAAAUUGCUGUAAUUUCAAGGCUGGAGGAAUUGUGCACAUCAGGCUUCCAUGUUGUUCCAGUUUGUUCACAGUGGGUCUGAGUAUGUUCAGUAGUCCAGUUUGGGGAAUGGGUGUAUUUGCCAUUGAUUCACAUGUGAAUCCUCUAUUAUUUUCAAAAUAUUUGGCCACAGAAGCUUUUUUCCACUUAACAGCUGUUAACAGUCUAUUUACAGAGCAGUGGUUCCCAGAUUUUUGGAUUUCAUGGAUCAGUAAUACUUCCAAAAAUUCUUAGAAUUGCCAAUUUAUUUUGCCCAGGAAUCUGAAAGAAAUCCUAUGUGUUAUUACAGCUUUUUCUUCAGAAGGAGGAUAAUCUCAGAAAAAGAAGUCAUCCUUUACGUGGAAUAAAUGAAACUUUGGGAAGAACACUGCAUUGUCCUUAUUUUUCUCAUUCACGGUGCCUUUGGAAGCACUAUUUUAUGGGACUCACUUAAGGGAGUGCUGCUUUAUAAAAAUGUGCCCACAUAUGAAAAGAGCAGAAUAGUAAACUUAAAAAAAGUUGUAGGAAGUUUUUUUUUGCAAACGGUGCUGGGAAUUAAAUCCAGGGCGUCUCUUGCGUGCUAGGCAUGUGUUGUGCUAUGUCCGCCUCCCCAGCCCAGAAGAAAAGACUGCAUUAUUGCUUUGUGAUUGUUUUGGAUUUAAAGCUCUUUAUAUGAGUUGCAAAUGUAUUAGAUCAAGCAACAUCUGUGAGUUCAGUAAAGGCCUAAUACAGUUAUAGGUAGGUUUCCCCAGACCAAUUAGUUUUGAUACAUAAUUUUUUAAUUGGUGGUACUUGAAUUUGAACUCAGGGCCUCCUGCUUGCUAGAUAGGUGCUCUACCACUUGAGCCACUCCACCAGUCCUUUUUUGU